GUUUAUUCGUUUUUCUUACGUGAGAUACUCGGCGUGUAAUGUAAUCUAAUCCCACGUUGAUAAACAGGUUUAUUUUUUGGGAUUUAACCUCAGAAGUGUGUAAAGAUUCACAAGAGCAACAAAAUGAACUGUGGCCUGCUGACAAACAAGAAUGAACCAGUUCCACUAAAGAACAUCGAGGUGGAUCUGCAGGUUCAGGGGCAUGUAGCGACAGUGACCUCCACCCUGAAGUAUAUAAACGAGGAAGAUAACACCCUGGAAGCAGUGUUUGUCUUCCCCAUGCCUUCAGGAGCUGCUCUCUGCCAUUUCAGUGCCAAGAUUGCAGAUCAGGAGAUAGUGGCUGAGGUGCAGGAGAAACAGGAGGCGCGGGAGCAGUACGAUGAUGCACUGAGUUCAGGUGAACAGGCAUUUCUGUUGGAGGAGAGUGAGGAGUCUGCGGACGUGUUCAGGCUCAGUGUGGGCUCUCUGCCUCCACACCAGAGUGCCGCUGUCACCUUCAUCUAUAUCAUUGAACUGAGUGUGCAGGCUGACCAUUCACUGCAGUUCUGUCUGCCUGCAGUACUCAACCCUCGCUACACACCAGCUGGUACAGGGGGUGGUAUAGUCUCAGAGAUAACAUCAAGUUCCACUGGUAUCCCCUACUCCCUCUCUUUUACUGCACACAUAAACUCUCCAAACCCCAUCACUAAAGUGGAGUCCAAAUGUCCUCUAGAGCCUCUGAUGUUCGUCAACACAGACCACACCAAGGCAAAGGUAAGUCUUGGUGCAGGUCACAUGUUUGAUCGAGAUGUCGAGCUGUAUCUAUAUUAUCAGAAUCCCCAUCAGCUCACUGCUAUAGUGGAGGCUGGAGCUCCUGCAGCAGAGUCAGGAUCUCUCAUGGGAGAUCCAGUGGUCAUGGUCAGUUUCUAUCCAGAGUUCCCUGAGUCAGUGAUGUCCUCCAUGUCGACGUGUGGUGAGUUUGUGUUUGUUAUGGACAGAUCUGGCAGUAUGUCCUGUAAUAUGCAUAAUGGACCAGGUGCACAGGGACGCAUCGACUGUGCCAGGGACACUCUUCUCCUGCUACUGAAGAGUCUCCCCAUGGACUGUUACUUCAACAUCUAUGGCUUUGGCUCUCACUAUAGUUCCUUCUUCCCUCAAAGUGUGCAGUACAAUCAGGACACUAUGGAGCAGGCGGUGCAGAAGGUAAAGGAGAUGCAAGCAGACAUGGGGGGCACAGAGAUUCUGCCAGCUUUGGAACACAUUUACAAGCAGCCUUGCAUCUCCAACCACCCAAGACAGCUCUUCAUAUUUACAGACGGUGAAGUAGGAAACACCAAAGAUGUUCUUCACUGUGUCAAGAGCAAUGCUGAUCUCCACAGAUGCUUCUCAUUUGGGAUUGGUGAAGGUGCAAGUUCUGAACUCAUUACAGGAUUGGCUGAGAACAGCUGUGGCCACGCCCAGUUCAUCACAGGAACUGAUCGCAUGCAGGCCAAAGUAAUGCAGUCUCUUCGCUAUGCUUUACAACCAGCAGUGACUGAUAUCACUGAGGACUGGUUUGGAUUGUCUUUCUCUCAUCUGAGCCCCCAAAUUAAAUCACUGUUCCAUGGUCAAAGAGCACUGAUUUAUGCCCAGUUGAAAGGAAAGGAAUGUCAGAACCCAGAUGCUAAGGGAAAAAUAUCAGUGCAUUAUCGCCUGGGGGGUCAAGAGGUCACAAACAGUGUUGACUUCUUCCUGAAGCCUGUCGAGAACACAGGGAUGGCCAUCCACAGGCUUGGUGCUCGCUCUCUGAUCCGUUCUCUGGAAAGAGACGAGAGGGUUGAUGGAGCUGAUAAAGAUGCUCUGAAGGCCAGAGUGGUGAAACUGAGUAAGCAGUGUGGAGUGAGCAGCUCACACACAGCCUUCAUAGCUGUUCAUAAGGGCAACAAACAAGCUGUGAAGGGGCCGCUGGAGAAGAGGAGAAUUCAUACCCCGAUGCUGAUGGCGUGUCCAAUGAUGUAUUGUUCUGCGUUUGCUCCACCAAUGCUUGGUAUGUCCUGUGCAAAAUCCAUUGCGUUUGCUCCACCAAUGCCAAUGCUUGGUGUGCCCUGUGCAGACUCCCUUGCGUUUCUUGAUGCAGCAAUGGCUGGUGGGCUCUGUACAGACUCCCUUGGUGAUGCAGGAUCUGACACAAGCCCAGAAACUUCAGGGACUCCAAAGGACUUACUGAUGGAGCUCAUCUCUCUCCAGAAGGCUUCAGGUUGCUGGGAAAUUGGGUCUUCACUUGCAGAGGUGUUUGGGAGAACAGAAAAAGAGCUGAUCGAGAAGAUUCCUGCACAGGUGAAGCCAGAUGUCUGGGCUACACUUCUUGCUUUGAUUUGGUUGCACGGCUUUAAGAUCGAUGCUCAGGUUGAGUGGCAGUUUUUGGCCCUGAAGGCAGUGUCAUGGAUCCGCAGUCAGAAAGUGGUCAACCAGACAGAGUGUGUACAGGCAGGAAAUGCUCUUCUGGGAUGUCAGGUUAAAGAAGACACUCUUGGCCUUUGAAGACUUUAUCCUUCUACAGCAUCCACUUCAGUUCAAUUCAGUUCAAGUUUAUCUGUAUGGCGCUUUUUACAUUGUCAUUACAUUUACAUUUUUUACAUUACAUUGUCUCAGCAGCUUCAACCCUUUAAAAGAGCUUUAAUUAGCAUGCCUUUACAUAUAUGCUAAUGAUGUCCGGAUAAACGAUAGAUAAUCUUUUAAAUAUUUGUCUCUCAAUGGCAAAGCAUUUCAUUUAAAUGCAAGAGCUACAUGGUGAAGGUAAUAUAUAUAAUAUACACACACAUAUAUACAGUAUGUGUGUGUGGGGCGGUGUCCUGAUCUAGUGGUUAUUGAGGUAUCUAACCGUCACAGCCAUGUCUGACGAGACAAGUGCAGUGUAAUUUCUAAAUGCUUUUCUCUAAAGUUUUACAUUGUUUAAAUACUGGUUUCAAAUAUUUUGGUGUGAUAAAGCUUAUAUUAUGACUAUAAAUAUUAAAGGUAUUAAGCACCCAG